AUGCCGUCCUCACUGCCAUUCAAGUGGGAGGCGGAUGAAGAGGAAGAUGUUUCCAGUGAGAAUUCUGAGGCAUCUGCUGAUUCUGAGCAGGACUCUGACGAAGAUGAAGAGGAGGAUGACGUAGAAGAUUCAGAAGAAGAAGAAGAAAGGAAGAAGCCUAAAGCGAAAGCGAAGGGCAAGGCAAAGGCGAAGUCCAAGGGCGGGGCUAAGAAGACAAAGGCAUCAGGUAGCAAGACAAAGUCUAAGAAGGUAAGCAAGAAAAAGUCGAAGCCAUCCACGACCUCUAAGAAGGGUGAUGAACAAUUCUUUCGCUAUUCGUCAUGGCGUGCUGUUCCAGAAAGCCACCUGCGCAGUUUCAUUCUGCAUGUGGAGCCCAAGCGUGCUAUGGCAGUGAAUGAGCUCUCAGGUCGGGAGCUUCGACGGGUCUUCUAUGGGUAUUUUCGACAGCCCCCCGGGAAGAAACCUGAACGGAAGAAGAAGGGCCAAAUCAAGAUUGACUUGGCAAACCAGUAUGAGCUUCUUGGCAAGCCUGGUCACAACAAGACAUUGCAAGAUGUUAUCUCCAUGGUUGAAGAUGAAUUUUCCAAGAACUUGGAUUUUUCUCUGGAACAUGUUGGAAAGGUGAUUUGGAUUGUUUGUGGCAAGCAGCGGGUUGCACUACCCGAGAAUAUCAAAUGGAAGGGUGAGAUCUUCAAGGAGCCAUCAACGGGAAUUCCGUUUGUGAGCGACGGAAAGGUGUCGAAGCGUUGUGUGGAUUUUUUCCGUGAUGAUGAAUCAGGGGAAAAGAAGGUAAAGUCUCACACUGAAGCGGCAAAGGGGAAGAAUGAGAAGUUUCAGGUACUCCCAGUCCCUUUGCCGGGCAAGUCUCAGACAGGCAGCAAUGCCCCCAGUGAAAGCAGCAAAGAUGACAAGGACAAGGACAAGGACCUGGACCAGAACAGUGCUGCUGAGAAUGAGAAUCAGAAGCCAGUAUGCUAUUGCAACUGGCAUCGUUCUGCAUGUCCAGACUGCAACAAGGGAUGGAUGGAAGAAAUUCAAGCUGGACGAGCACCCAAAGUGGGUGAUGGAACUGGUCCGAGUGCCCCAUCGUCCUCUGAUUCUGAUGGGGGUCCCGCUUUGCCUGACUCUGACGAAGAGCCAGACUAUGACCUAGAGAAGGACGCACUGGACGGCUACUCCAUGCACCAAUUACGUGAUGGCCGAACUUUGGUUCUCAACCACAAUGAGAAGGACGUGAUUCAAAUGCACGACUUGGGAUCCAAAUGCUCUGACUGGAAGUUGACCAAGAACAAUACAGCAGGAAAACACUUAGGUGAGCUCUUCAUUCAUAGCCUUUCACAGUCUGCGAAGUCAAUGUGGGUUCCAAAGCUGAAAUUUUCCAACAUGGAUGAAGCCGAUGUCAGACUUCUCAAGGCUGAGCUGAUGGGAGUGGAGAGUGUUGAUCCAAAGCCGAAGGUUGAGGAAAAGAAAAGCCAGGAAGCUAAGCAUGAAGAGCAGAAAAAACUCGAGAUUGAGACAGAGGCAAAGAGAAAAAAGUCAGAGGAAGAACAGGCAAAAAAAGAGGCUGAUGAGUUGGAAAGGAAAAAGCAGGAAGCAAAGAAAAAGUCAGAGGCAGAGGCAUCGGGCAGUCCUGCAAACACCGAGACAACUGCCGAUGCUGUGAGAAAACGGAUUGAGGCAGAAUUGCGAGAGAAAAUUGAGAAAGAACUUCUUGAGAGACAGAAGUUACAAGGAGCAAAGGCUCGAGACCAAGGAGAAGAGGAUCUCAAUCAGGGAGCUGCUAAGAUGGAAGAGGAUGAGAAGGGCAAGAAAGCAGAAGAAGAAAAGGUGAAGAAAGCAGAAGAAGAAGAGAAGGCGAAGAAAGCAGAAGAAGAGAAGGCGAAGAAAGCAGAAGACGAGAAGGCGAAGAUGGCAGAAGAAACCCAGAAACAGAAGAAGGCAGAGGCAGAUGAGAAGGCAAGACUUCAGAAGGAAGCUGAUGAAUCGAGGAAAGCAAAGGCUGCCAGAAUUGAGGAUGAUGCAGAAGAAGUGAGCAGCAAAGAAGGAGAUAUUGUGGAAGUUUCAACGUCUGACAUCGUGAAGGCAAACAAGGAAAAAGCCUUGAAGAGAAAGGACGAGCUUCAAGCACAAGAAAGGAAUGCCAAGAAAGUGAAGAUGCCGAGCUGA